GCACGUAAGGGGCGCAGACCUCGUGACCAAAGCGGGCAAAACGGUGACCCAGCCUGGAACCAGUGACAGUCCAGUGGGCAAAGUGCCCUGAAGGGACCUAGUGGAGGGGCUGAUUAGACUCGAACCUGGUAUUGCUGGACAAUGGCAGCAGCCAGGGCUAGCCUGGGCCGGAUCCUCCCAGAGUCCUCCAUCCUGUUCCUAUGUGACAUGCAGGAGAAGUUUCGUCCCAGCAUAGCCUACUUCCCACAGAUUGUGUCAGUGGCUGCUCGAAUGCUUAAGGUGGCCCGGCUGCUAGAUGUCCCCGUCUUGCUGACAGAGCAGUACCCACAAGGCCUGGGCCCCACAGUUCCUGAGCUGGGCGCUCAGGGCAUUCAGCCAGUGAGCAAGACGUGCUUCAGCAUGGUGCCCAGCUUACAGAAGGAGCUGGACAGGCGCUCCCAGCUGCAGUCUGUGCUGCUCUGUGGCAUCGAGACCCAAGCCUGCAUCUUGAACACGGUUCUGGACCUCCUUGACCGGGGACUGCAGGUCCAUGUGGUGGUGGACGCCUGCUCUUCUCGAAGCCAGAUUGACCGGCUGGUGGCACUGGGCCGUAUGAGACAGAGUGGAGCUUUCCUGUCCACCAGCGAAUCACUCAUUCUGCAGCUUGUGAGGGAUGCUACCCACCCCCAGUUCAAGGAGAUUCAGAAGAUCAUUAAGGAGCCAGCCCCAGACAGCGGGCUGCUGGGUCUGUUCCAAGGUCAGAACCCCCUCUUGCUGAACUCCAGGCCCUGACUGAGAUGAGAGUGUUACUCUGUCAUUGGUGGAAGCGGCUGCCCUGUGGGAGGGGAGGGGUGUAAUGCCUCCUGGUGCAAGAGCUGGUCCUGGAAAAGCAAAAGAGACUCCUGGGUGCUGGAAGGGGUUGGGGACAGGAGGUUGACUGAAGAGGGGUGGAGGGGGAACUCUGCUUAGGUCUACCUCACGAGCAGAGGGCAAAGAAGUGUCACAGACUAGGACUCAUACUCUGAAUAAACAUUGAUGUGGCUGUGGACUGAAA